GCAGAACAGAAAGACAAUGAGCGGCAAGCUUCGAAGCAGGAUUAGGGCGCUCCUUGCCUAAUCAUUAGUGACUUCAACAACCGGUUUUCGUGUGGUAGCAAAGCUAUUUUUAUCCAGAUCUAGGCUCAGCAUUGCGUUAAAGUGUUGUGUUCUAAUGGCGAUAUAUUUGCAUCAUUAUUAUUUUAAAAAUAAUGUUGGACAAAACGGCAUAAACAUCUGAAGUUGAUGUUUGUUGGUUCGCUGUUGCUAGGAUUCUUUGUCCUCGCUCGUUAGAAGUGGCGCUGGGAUGGUCUGUUGAAGCAACAGCCCACUCGCUGGUUGAAAGCGGAAACAAACUUUCGCAUUGACUCUUGAGUGCACAAUGCUGCACGGAGUGAGACACUGACAUCUCACAUUUCUUCGGAAUAAUUUUGUUUGUUUGCAACAUGCCAGGUUUGAGAGAAGCUGGACUCGUGGGUGCUGCGAUUGCUAUCGCUGGCGGAGUUGUGUACGUAACGUGGAAUUUUUUGUCUUCGAGGCAAAAACUCGAAGAGCCUGUUGAAAGAGAGACCGAGAAAGAACUCAGUAAAGAGACUCCGGUCUUACCAGAGACAGUUCCCACUGUUGCUGAGGAGCCAGAGAGAAAUGAUGUGCAAACAGAGAAACCGUCCAGCAGGCAGGUUCUGGUUCUCGGGCUGGACGGUGCUGGGAAGACCAGCCUGCUGCACUGCCUGGCCACCGGCACCCUGGAGCAGAACAUCACUCCCACUAAGGGCUUCAACGCCGUCUCCAUCAACAAAGAGGAUCUCAAGAUCGAGUUCCUGGAAAUUGGAGGCAGUGAAGAUGUAAGGGCCUAUUGGAAGAUGUACCUGAGCAAGGCGGAGGUGCUGGUUUUUGUGGUGGACUCAUCAGACCCCGCCCGCUUCCCCCUGGCCAAAACGCACCUCCACGAGCUGAUUGCCGAACACCCCCGCCUGUCUUUAGUGGUACUGGCCAACAAGCAGGAUUUGGAAGGGGCGUGUGGCAUCACAGACCUCCACGAGGCCCUGUCCCUGGGGGGCGUGGGGGACGAACGGAAGCUGGUCCUCAUCGGGACGCACGUGAGCAAGGACGAUGCCGAGAUCCCCUCCAGUGUCCAGGACGCACGGGACCUGAUCGUUCAGAUGGUGUCAGACGCUAAUUAGGGGACCCUGUUUCCCCCCGACUGUACCCGUCACCUUCACAGUGUGCAUAUUGUAUGGGGGCCAUUUAGGCCUGGGUAAAGUGUUUCGAACUCUUUACAAUAUUAUUUGUGUACUCGUUUUCCACAACCCCUAUAUUUGGAGGACUUUGUCUCUUUAUAUUUUUCACAUUAGCAUCCACAUCUAACCAGACAAAAAAAUAAUUUAUUUGAAAUAAACAGUCACGUUUAAAUAUUCAGUUUAUGUACGCCAACAGACAAAUCAAGUGCUUGAAUUAAAAAGGAUGCUGCUUUUGAGAACACUUGCUGAUCGCUGAGAAUUUUCCAAAUAUUGGCGAAAGAUUGAUGUUGUCAGUAAUGUUGAGGAAUUAAAUUGGUGUCACAAGGGUGAAAGUAUUUCAGCUGAAGCAUUUGACCUGGUACUGAUUUGAUUAGACAGAUGCCGUUGACCAAAGACUACAAUACAUGUGACUGUUUCAAUCUCAGUAAGGAGUCCUGACCCUCGUCCUGGAGUGCCAGGUUUUCACCUUACUAUCAGUCCUGUUUGGACCCAAGAAACCAGGUGAGGAGAGUUAAUUGUGUACUCAACUGCUUUAUUUGAGUACAGUGAAAACCAGCAGGCCCCGUGCCCCAGUAGGACCAGGUUUGCCGGUUUCAGGCCCUAUACCGAUUUCAGUAGUGCAGUGGAAUAAUUCUAAUAUGGAUCUUUUGGCUCUUUGUUAGCCUUGUUUUAGUGUUCACAAAAUUGUUUCCAAAUAGCAGUGUCAUCACUUGGAAGUCACAUAUGCUUUCAGUUAUUUAUGUUUUGGCAAGACUGAAAUGAAAAGAUGUUUUUCUGUCUGUGUAUGCUGAACAUGCAAUUGAGCCAGGUAUCCAUUUGACUCAUUGAAACACUACCAGUUUAAGUUUGAAUGGUUUGAUAACAGACAUUUUAGAAUCUUCAUCUUAUUGUACAGAUACACACUUAAUCUAGGUUUUGAUCAUAUCUGUUUGGAAUUAUUUUUAUUUAUACAUAUUUCCUAUUGCAUAUUAUAUGCAUUUAUGUCAAGUAUUACCCCUUACUUGAUGUAAAUGUAAAGCUUGGUACAAAAUCCAGCCUAGGUACUUGGCUCCUUGCAAUUGUGUUAUACUUUAUCACUCUCCUCUGUUGAAA